AUGUUUAAGAUCCAAGGGUCAGAAUCUUGUUGCAACUCCUCCGAACAUGUUGUUACGCCGGUUCCUGGCCAUUCUGCCCUUGUCCUGUCGCAAGCUGCGGCACCUUAUGUCGACUCAGAAAACGGCAUAUCUUUCUGGGGAAUCACCGAUGCAGCUCAUGGUGUAACAUAUGGUCAUGUCUUUCCCCCACUCGCAACCUCUGGAGCACAACCAACGGAGUAUAUUGGAGAAAUAGUUGCGCCUGUGGCAAACAAAUGGGUCGGUUUCUCCAUGAGUGGAAGCAUGAUUUCCUCUCUACUUAUUGCUGCAUGGCCGAACAACGGCAACAUUGUUUUCACCACUCGAUACGCGACAAGCAAUGUCCUUCCCGAUGUGUACACUGGACCUGUUAUCACCACUCUUCCCAGCAGUCACGUUAAUUCAACGCACUGGAAGUGGGUUUAUCGGUGUCAAAACUGCACUACCUGGAAGAACGGUGGAAGUAUCGACGUCAAUUCGACGUCCUCCGUUCCCGCAUGGUGUGCUUCUACCAUUGCUGUUGACAAUCCAGCGAACCCCGCAACGACUAUGGUUCAGCACACUGACUUCGGCUUCUACUUCUUCCCCUUUGGCACUGCGCAUGUUUCAGCUGCUCUUUACAACAACUGGGCUGCGGGAGGCACUGGAGGUACCCUCAAUUUACUCCUCUACAAUUUCCCCUCAGCUCGUAACAGGCGGCACUGGCGGUGGCUCCUCAUCAUCGACCACCACUACCAGCGUGGCCCCACCAACACGAACGGCAACUCCGUAAUGAUACUCCUUCAAAUCUCUUCGUUCUCUGCUCAUAUGCUUCUUAGUGUGGAUUAUAUCAUCGUCGGCAGUGGCCCUGGCGGUAUCAUUGCCGCGGAUCGCAUAUCUCAGGCAGGUAAAUCGGUACUGCUUCUGGAACGGGGAGGACCAAGUACAGGAGAAACGGGGGGCACAUACCAAGCCAACUGGACUAAGGGGACGAAUCUCACCAAGUUCGAUGUUCCAGGGCUGUUUGAGAGUAUGUUCACCGACGCAAACGACUUCUGGUGGUGCAAAGACAUCACCGUAUUUGCUGGUUGUCUUGUGGGUGGAGGAACGUCUGUCAACGGCGCACUCUACUGGCUCCCUUCCGACAACGACUUUGCUUUGUCAGCUGGAUGGCCUUCCCAAUGGACCAACCAUCAACAGUAUACGUCAAUGCUCAAGGCCCGUCUGCCGCCGACAGAUGCGCCUUCUACAGACGGCAAACGAUAUCUUGAACAAGUCUCCACCGUAGUUGCGAAUAUGCUCAUUCCUCAGGGUUAUCGCAAUGUUACGAUCAAUGAUUCGCCGAAUGCCAAAGAUCACGUUUACGGCUAUGCUGCCUACGAUUUCAUAGGCGGUCAACGUGGUGGGCCGGUCGCAUCGUACCUGCGAACCGCCAAAGCCAGGAAGAACUUCCAGCUCCAAAUGUAUACGAAUGUUUUGAACGUCGUUCGCAACGGGUCACAAAUUACUGGCGUCAAAACCAACGACACGAGUGUCAAGGACGGAUUCUUCCCUCUGAACCCCAACGGUCGUGUAAUCCUUUCGGGAGGGACCUUUGGCAGUGCACGCCUUCUUUUCCGAAGCGGAAUUGGCCCGACGGACAUGAUCAACCUCGUCAAAAACGAUCCUGUUGCUGGACCGAACCUGCCUCCUUCAUCGCAGUGGAUCAAUCUUCCCGUUGGCUACAAUGCAUAUAAUCCCUCCAUCAAUAUGGUCUUCACACAUCCAACCGUCGACUCGUACAACAACUGGGCAACGGUGUUCACUGAUCCACCAGCAGCCGACGCAGCUCAGUACCUCAAAAACCGCUCAGGCAUAAUGGCGCAGGCAUCGCCACGACUCAACUUCUGGAGUGCAUUGGGUGGGAGCGACGGCACUACGCGUUGGUUGCAAGGCACCGCACGUCCUGGAGCCGCUUCAAUCACAACAACCUUACCUUAUAACAUGAGGCGGUCAAAUCUUCACUAUAACCGCAUAUCUGUAGUCGGAAUCAAGUCGCGAGGACGCAUUGGAAUCAAUGCUGCCCUGAACGGCGUGCCUCUCGUGAACCCGUGGCUUAAUGAUGCAGGCGAUAAAUCUGCGCUGAUCCAAGGACUGAAGAACAUCAUUUCCACAGUCCCGCAAGUCUCCGGCCUCCAACUUAUCAUGCCGGACAACACAAUGACCAUGGAGCAAUAUGUCGCGGCUUACGACCCUUCGACUAUGAAUUCAAACCAUUGGGUGGGUUCUAAUAUCAUUGGGACUAGUGCUGGACAAGCUGUCGUGGAUGUGAACACGAAAGUAUUUGGCACGAACAAUCUCUUCGUUGUGGAUGCCAGCAUCAUACCAACGUUGCCAUAUGGGAACCCACAUGGACACAUCAUGAGCGUAGCAGAGCAGGCAGCAGCAAAGAUUCUCGCGUUGGCGGGUGGGCCGUGA